AUGGCGUUUGAUGAAGCCAAAUUCUUGGAGGCAGCGCGUGAAAUCGACAAUGUAAAUGUGGAUGGGUAUGAGUUCUUUACAGAGUCUCUUAAGGAAACUGUACAGUGUAAGAUAUACAGAAAGUAUGACGAGGUUAGUGUUGGUAUCUGUAGGGCAUUGUUUAAGAGUUAAAUCUAAUUUAAGGGGAUUCUAAUGACUCAAGAAUGGUGCUACCGAUCAGAACUUACAAAAGACUACUGAGAAUUACUGUCGACUUACAAGUGUUGGAUACUUGUUCUUUUAAAAGACCUUAAACACCUUUAUUAGCCUAAAUUAUUAUUGUGUCUGAAUAGUUUGUUGCAAGGUUUUGCUUUGGUAAUCAUCAAGGAAAAGGGUAUUAUAUUGUAUUCAAUAUCUUCAUCACCUCACCCAUAUACUUUUUUUUGCAAAUUUACUUUUGGAAAGAUAUGUUCAAUGAUGGACAGAAUGAAAAUUAUAUUUCACAAGGAACUUAAAGCAAAAAAUGCUGAAACUAAUGAAUUGUUUUCACAGCUUUCUGCUUUAUUGGUGCUAGUCAUGGGAAACAUUAAAAAAGAACUGAAAAAGACCACCCACAGAAGGCUUUGGAUUGUUCUUACUAAAUAAUAGUUCUGUUAAUCCUAUACAUUUGCUCCCUCAUAGUUGAAAAAAAAAAAACUGGUGUUUAUAAUCAGAGGCUUACAGCUUAAUGUUGCUGUUUUUAGGUUUCUGGAUUAUAUGAAUACAAAAUAACAGGAUUGCUUGAAGAUGUUGGUCUAGAUGUGUGUAAAAACGUUUAUAUGGACUUAGAAUACAGAAAGAAAUGGGAUGGAUACGUCAAGGGUGAGGUUCACUCACACUUCAAAUUUAUUCAUUUUUCAGUAUUUGUCAAUGGAUAAUUGUAAUAUGAUUGUCCACUUAUGCUGUCUAACAUAACUCUGGAUACAAUACAAUAGAGUUUGUAUUUAACAAUAAAAAUGCAACAAUAUACACAUUUAAUCAUUUUUCCAAUCAGGAAAUUGUAAAGUCAGAACAAAGACCAAGGGCUUUCUUUAGCGCAGGGAAAGGUCAUGAUCCCACCAAAAUGUAUCAGACCCCCUUUCUACUAGAACAUUAUGGGGACCCGCCCUUUACUGAUGCUACUUGGCUUGGUCAGAAAUUUGCCCCUAAUUCAAUUUAAUUAACAGACUGAAAAUUAAAUCUUACUAUCCUGGACAAUGUAUGGUUGUUGUUUGUUACUUUCAAAAAUUUUAUUUGUAAAUAUCCUAGCUAGAAAAUUAGGUUGUUAUUAAUAUUAUUGCUAGAAAAUUAGAAUCCAUGAACUGAUUUGUGUCUUAAUUAGAACUUUAUGAAUUUGAUGAUGAUGGAGUCAAGAGUAUUUACUGGAAUGUAAACUAUCCAUGGCCCAUGUCAAACAGAGAUGUAUCCUUUGGAAAUCACUGCCAGUAUUCAUUGUAAUUUUAAUUUUUUUGUAGUAACCUUCCACAUAAUUUUCCUAAUUUUGAAAUUAAAAAGUGCUUUUCAAUCAAUAAGGGCCAUGCUCUAAAUGCAAACUUCACUGUAUCUGUCAUUAUCCCUCCAACAAUCCUUAUCCUCUUUGCCAUCAUGUAAUUACUAUUGCCAUCUGCCUCUUAACACAAAAGGGUAAUCAGGCUCUAAAUGUUAAAUUAAAGCUGGUUUGGUCCAUACCAUCCUUAGAAUAAAGCCUCUCUUAAGUUUUUUAAACCUGGAAUCGGAAGAUGUUUAACUUUGGAUCACAUCUACUCCCACCCCACUCCCACAGUUAGUUGAUUCACUUUCUUUUUUCCAGUCUCUCCCCACUAACUGACAAUGGAGGCACAUAAUCAAAAGUAUAAAACAUUUCUUCACAAAAAAUACAACCAUUGUAGAAAAUAAACUUAAUUACUAUUGAUGUGGAUAAAAUUGCUUGUCAUUGAUUUCUUCACAUUUAUGUUUAAUAAAUGUCAAAUUUGCCAUGAACUGGGAGAUUUAAAGAAGUGGAUGGAAGACCAGGAGAUUUGAUCUGCACCCCAAAGACUUGCAGAUAAACCACUAGAAAAGCUUGUAUAGCUUAAUUUCUCUUGUGCAUUUAUGUUCCUUGACAAAAAAAUUCUGUAUUCAAAUUCUACUCUUGACAGUACGUAUACACACGAGAAAUGCGUGAAAUGGAAAUAAACAGUAUUCCAUCUGUUGUUGUGUUAGCUGAAAGUAAUUCACUUUCCAAGAUUCCAGAAAAAUCAGGGGUUGUGAGAGUGAAAGAAUUUCACCAAAGUCUAGUAAUUCAGAGUGAUGGUAAAGUAGGAACAAAAGGUACUGAACAGGUGGCUUAUGUAUCAAAGUAAUAACAUGAAAUUGUUUGCAUGGCUUUAAAAGAGCAUCUUGCACCCUUGAGAGAAACUCAUUUCAAGAACUAUCUAUGCUUGCCUAAAUUACCUAAAAUAGUUUUUAUCAAUGUGCACUACCGUUUGUAACGAAAAAACCAGUGGUAUUCUGAGACAUUUAUUUAUUAACUUCUUCUAGCAUUCAUGCAUUACUUUGACAAUCCUGGAGGAAGUAUCCCAACUUGGCUUAUUAACUGGGCUGCAAAGGUUUGCUCUAAUAAAUAAGAAUGCACAUAAAGCUAUUUAUGACACACAUUCUGAAAAGAAAGUUUGGAUCACUUCUCCUAGACUUUUAAAAUACAACCUAGGAAUACUGGUACAUGUUCUUUACUGUCAAAUCAGAGUUCUCUAUUAAUAAUAUCCUGAGAUUGGGUGAUGUGUUCCAAAAACUUUACUAUUGCCCUUGACUUCAUGGCACCCUGAGGUACCAAGAAUACUAAUGAUGUAUUCAUUUAAGUAUUCUGCAUGUCAUUGAUAAUUUUUUGUUUAUUUAUCCUCAGACUGGAGUGCCAACCUUUAUGAACUCAAUGAGAGAUGCCUGUUUAGGUUAUGAGAAAUACACUUCCUCCAAAGGGACUUGACACAAAGUUGACUGCACUUGCACCAUUUGUGAUUGGCCUAGCAACUACACUAUAUAUGUUUCUACAACCUACUGCUAAGAAGUUCAUCAACUAACUACUUCUGAUCCACCAAAUGGCUGUGGAAAUUCUCUUAUGUAAAGUAGCAGAAAUGUAACUGUAAUUUUUAUGACUAUCAUGUUACAUAAACAUUUUGUGAGGUUUUAUUUUAUCCUAAUUUAUGGGUUAUCCUUGGUCCAAGAGAAAAACCUUUACCAAAUGUGCAUGCAAAUCAAUCAUUGCAAAAAUAAAUUUUUCAUAUCUCAACCAACUCAAAAUACUGAUCUACAUUUCAACUUCCAUGUGGCUCCUUUCUCUAUCACCCAACAAAUUAGGAAAUUUGAAAAUAAUAGUUCUCUUUUUUUGUCAUGUUCUACUUUUUGAACAAGCAAUUGCAGAAGUAGGUUUCCAGAAGAAGAGUGGAUACUACUUUACAGACUGUUGCAUGUAUGCACAAUAUUUUUUUUGAUACAUAUGCCUCAUGUCUUAGUAUUUAAUUUCUAUUUGCAAGAAUAUAAGAUUGUUACAAUUUCAAUUUUGGGUUUUGGUUGUUGUCAUUUCAUGCCCAGAGGGAAAAAUUAUCAUAAUGUCAGAAGAUAUGAACUAUAGCAAUUUUUCACAGCAUGCAUUUUGUAAUAUUCU